AAUCAAGAAAAGUAUUCUCCUAAACCUAAUUCCUCUAAACUCCUAAUUUCUAUUCUCUCCUAAUUCAAGGCCUCGGCCGAUUCCCCAAUUCUAUUAUGUUCUAUCUCAUCUAAACCCCUAAUCUCAAACCCUAAAUCCCAAUCUCGCGGGUGCUGAAGAUCAAUCCCUAAAAUCCCUAGAAGCGGGGUUCUUUCAUGUUACGACGUAACCUCUACCAUGAGGUAUUCCAAGUGUUUGCAAAAAGAUUGUGUCAAUGGGUGAAUAUAAACCAUUAUUCCAUGAUUUAAUUCAAAUAUCGAUUUAAUCUUACACGAUAUAUUAAAUGAAAAACCAACAAAAUUACAUGAUCAAAAAUCGAUUUAAUCUUUCAGAAUUGUCCUAAAUUUUCGGAAAUGUACCUCAAACAACCCACGUAACUCCUUAUCCCAGAAAAUCUCCUAAUUCAAACAAAACACAAACAGAGCCAGAGCGUAGAGGGAAUUGAGACCUUCAUCAACAAGAAAUCAAGAGUCUCGCUUCGCUGCAAAGGCGACAGAAUGGUUAUAGAAUCAGGAAGAAGACCAUGGGCCGAUCUUCACCCGGAGCUACUGAGCUUGAUCUACGACAAUCUGCCUCCCUCCGCCGCCGCCCGCAGCUCGGGAUUCGGCUCAGUGUGCAAGCCCUGGCAUCACUUCCACGCCGCCGCUCCUCCCCUGCCUCCGCCACCGCCGUACCAUCAUCCUUUCCUCACAGGGCACCUCCUCGCUUGCCCGACCAUCGACGACGCGGCCGUCCCCGACGAGAUUCGCGACGAGCUGCAUGCCGCGUCGAUCGCUUACCGCUGGCAGAGCAGCAGCGGGUGGCUGCUGCUACGGCGUUCACACAACGGUCAGAUCUUCAGCUGCUUCAAUCCCCUGUUUUCCUGGCCGGAGAAUUACAUAGAACUCCCCUCCCGUCACGCCAUCACACCUCUUCCCGUCACUGAUCCCGAAUCGCCGCCGCCGAUUAAGGCCGCUUUCUCGAGUGACCCCGCCGGCCCUGACGACUGGACCAUCUUCGUCAUCGGAGCAAUUCCGCGCGUCUUUAGCACUUUCCGGCGAGGGGAAUUGAGCUGGAGGAAUUACGAAUGCUACCAAAACGGGACCGAUCAGCCGGACCUGACCGAUUGCGUGGCAAUUGGGUUCAGGGAGGGGAAAUUCCUCUGCGUGUUCGAAAGCGGAGACGUUUUGAUUUUCGGAAUCGGCGGCGGCGAGAGGCAGAGGAGGAUGCUGAAGGCGUACUACCCUGUUCGGGCGACGGAGAGGCUGGUAGAACGGUACAAUAAUCUGCUGAUCGUCGAAAUCGGAGGGAGAUCGGAGCGGGGAUCGAGUGUGGUGGUGAGUUGGGAGCGAGUUGCAGAUAGGCACGGCGGCGGAGGGCGACGGUUGCGGCUCCUGGGAGUGAAGAGAGGAAACGUGGAAUUGGGGAGAAUGGCGCCGGAAUUAAUGGAGGAAGGGAGGAGGUUGGAUUUGGCGGUGAUUUACGUUCGUGAGAAUCCCGACUACGUCAUCUCCAAGAUUUGGAGCCGCAGCUUGACUAGGUGUGUUGGGUUGCUUUUGCUUGCCGGAAGUCUGGCCGUCAGUUUGUUUUUAAUUGCAAUACCAGCAACAUAUGCGGUUCCAAAUGAAUAGAGUUGAAUGAAAUUUGUUUGAUUUGAGAUUUAACUCUUUUGUUACUUUAUUUCGCUCGUAUUUGGCUCAUUAAAAAGUUUAAGAUUUCUAAUAAAGUUGUGUUUAUCAAUCAGUUCACGAGUUGAACUUAUUUGUAUAGAAUUGUUAAGCGAAAUUUCUUAACGAGGGAUUAUGAUAAAACUUUGGAUUUUGAAUAUGAGAGAUUAUGUUGGAUUUUGAUUAUGUUGGAUUUUGAAACUUCCAUGUUUGUUUGUAGGAUUUGGUAAUGGCUUUUAGUAGGUUGGAAUUAUGGCUUGAUGGGGGAAAUUACUUUCUUAUCCUUAAUGAACCACUUUUUACUUUACUUGUAUUUUGAAUGUUUUUGUAUAUACAUGAAGAAUUAGCAUAUGUAAAAAUGGCAGCAACAUCCAUACUAUUUGGUCAUAUUGUAUACACGCAAGAAGCCAUUAAAGUAAAUUGAAACUCUCAACCCAAACCAAUAAUGUUGAAAGGAAAAUCAAGGGUUUGGAUUGGAUUAUAAAAAAAGAGGAUGUAAGCAUGAAAUAAUUAAUUGUUGAGCUUCAUAUAAAAGGAAGACAAAACGACGAUAGGCAGAGAUGGAAAAGGUUGCCGGAGCUUUUUGCCGUGUUGCAAUCCCUUGGCAACGAAGAGACAAAGUUGGUGAGAUGAGAGUGUAGACAAAAGUCCUCAGUAGAGAUAAUAAUAACCGAGGGCAAAAUUGGAUUACACAAAAUGAGUGGGGGUAACACGGUCAUUAAACAUCAUGGAUUAUAUCUAUCUUCCAAAAUCCUAGCUAUAGAGGUAAGAUUUUAUAAUCCAUGGGGCCCACGGAUUUUAGCUCCAAAUAAUCCAAUAUUAGUGGACCCCACAGAUUGAAACAAAAUCCAUUAUAUGCUAACAAACAUGGAUUCAUUAUAAAGUCCAACAUAUGUUGGAUUUUGGACCAAAAUCCAACACCAAAAUACCAAAAGCAAACGACCUCUAAAUAUGGUAAUGUUUGCAUGUUAUGUAUUAUACAUGUGAUCUAUGAAUGACAAAAAUUCUAAUCUCAAGAUGAACUUCCCCUCAUAUCCUUUUUUAUAUUGAAAACAUUACACCCUGUUAUGGUAUUCAACCAGGUUAGAAGAAAAAAAAAAACGUAGUCAUGUACAAAGAAUGGAUGUUUCAAGUUUUUCACCGAAUGGGAUACCCUAUUGCUUUUCAGACCUACAAAUUGUACAAGAAGACCAUUAUGAUUUGCCAACAAACAAAUGACUUUCUAAAAAAUGGCUCCAUAGUAAUUAUCUUGUUUAUCGAUCUGGUUUAUUUGAUCUUUGACCAUUUCUGGGUUUGUUGGUGAUACUACUGCAUCAAUUAAUCAUACACUACAAAAUAUAACAUUAAGAUAUAC